ACUGUGUCUACCUCACUCUACAUUUCGAGAGUAGUUGCUGUAAACCACCCUAUGGAUGAACGUGGUAGUGAUGACAUGAAUAGCAAUACGUUUUUAGCCGCACGCCAACGACUGAGGCAACAACAACAGGAAUUGCAGAACGACCGAUAUGAGCAGAAUCGCUUCACAAACAAAUUUUACGAUAACAAUGGAGUAGCGACUGCGGCACUUUGUACUUCAAAUAACAACAACAACAUUGAAUACAAUAACAACUUGCAACAGCAGCGCCAACAACAACUACAAAACAGACUCAUAAACGCAGCUGAACCACACAUGAUAAAUAGCGCAAAGGAAGCGGACGCUAAGCAGAAAUCAGCAACAAUGGACAUGCGACGAGUAGGCGAAGUUGAAGCAGACACAACGGCCGCAAAGAUGAAAUCUGAAUUGAGUGAAAUAUUUAGAGGUUUCCAGAAUGCACCGCAGAAUCAAAACGCGAAACUUUUUCAUCAAACGAAGCUUCUGCGUCGCUCCGCGCCAACUAUACCGAAUGUGGACUCAGCACUUUCUACGGAUGAGGAGGAGCUUGAUUUGGAUCUGCCUUAUGGCAUACAAAAUGUGCGCAAGCGCUUGGCGCGUCAUAAACCGGAUCUUACCAAAUCGAUCACUUACCAAUCGCUCUGUCCCACAAAACGCAUUGCAAUUCCACUGGAAACAUCCGGUUAUGAGUAUCGCCCGAGCCACUAUAUCGAAGUGACCUGCGCACAUUAUACGCCGGCGCACAGCUACGAGUUCAGAAAGAAUCGGAUUUGUUCAGAGGCGGGCUUCUCUUGCAUCCAGCUGAAUCGCACCAUACAUCUGAUACGACGCAAUAAGUCAUCCAAUGACGAAUGUUGGGAAUCGGAAAUACGUAUUGUUCCCUCGGGUUGUGAGUGUAUGUGGCCGAAGCAUGAUAAUGGCGAUAUUGCAGCCUAUCAUGAGGGACAGAAACGUUUUGGCGGUUACGCCAAUGUGCACGCAAAUGCUGAUUACGAACAGGGUGAAGGCUAUCGUCAAAUUCAACCGCAACAAGUCGAACUCUUUGGCAUAAAUGGAUUACGUCGCGGCGAGAAUUCCGAUGGCGUCGGUUUUGAAGCCUUCGAAUAUAAUUAGGAGAGCAUUUUGAGAUGGAAUUUUGGUUCUAAAAUUAACAUAAAAGAUUGUAAUAAUGAUGACGAUUUAUUUGAUUGACGAAUAUGACAAGAAAUGCAUUGAAAUAUAUGAAAAAAAUAAUUUUUUGGUUGAAACAUGGAUUGAAGUGGGACUCUUAGAAUCAUCACCAUCAUCGCUAAAAACUCCACUCAUUCAAAGAAAACAAGUUAUGAGUGUAAAUAAGGGAUUGUGAAAAACGGCAAAUUGCUUAAUUAACUUACAUUUUAACGGUGUUUGUUACAUUUUUAUAUUAUUUAACAUUAUUCUGCGACACCUAGUUUCAUCAUGUUUUUCUUGUUACUGUAUUUUUAUGGCAGCUAAAGGUAAAAUGACCAGGCAAACAUAGGCAGGAGUAUCUAAAACUUAAGUGCACCUAUUUAGCUAAGAAAAUCUAUAGGUAAAAAAUAUCUUAUCAUAACAGGUUUUGAAAAUAUGUGAAGUAAAUUAAGUUUGCA